AUGGCCCACCGACAGUGGGUGUUUCAGGCCUUGGGCGGUUGGGAAGGUGAACUUGAUUACUGUCACCAGCUUCUUGAAGAUGAUAUUUUUAAUAAUUCGGCUUGGAAUCAGAUAUUUCGUAGUGACAAGAUAUCCUCUCUUUGGAGGCCUUCAGACAGUGAGCAUAAGCUUGCCAGUGAUGGGAUUCAAGCUCUUAUUUUUGCAACUUUAGCCACUAUGUGGAUGAAUUCUCAUCUUACAGAUGAAGCAUUUAUUGGAAUGUCAAAGUGGUCUUACAUGGAGGUGGUAAUGAAUGGUUUCAACUCCAACGACUCAGUUGAUGCUGGUUCAAUCUCUGCAUUAGUGUUUCAAUUCCAGGAUCGAAUGACAUUGGAAAUAAGAGACGUGAGAGUAGUUGAUAUUGACCUUUCUGGCAAUUCUCCUAUUGGGGUGUGUGUUAUGCCAUGGAUGAGAGUAGAUAUAGUCAGUUUUGUGUGA